UUUUCCGUGUUCACGAACUUUACAGAUGCCAUCUAUCGGCGCGCUCCGGGACCGGUGGAAACGCGACAAUCGCGCUGUCAAGCGGCUAAAAUGCCGCACAAUAUUUUGAGUUCUCGACCGACGGACAGUCCGCUGGAACAGGAAGGAGGUGCAAGUAUAGAUCACGUUCUCGUCCACUCACUUCCAUGUCAAAGCCUUCCAGUUGAAGGCUUUCUCACCGAGUCGUCGGCGUUCCGCGUGCAGUGUCAAGUGUAAUAAAAACAAAGGGGUGUACAGAAAUACAUAAGGAUACGCAGCCACAGGAAUAAAGCGAAGAGAGAACGGACAGCUUUUGGGCGGAUCCAGUUCCUUCUUCAAAUGGGAUCUGUGUGGAAGAGGCUGCAGAGGGUCAAUAAAAGAGCUGCAAAGUUCCAGUUCACAGUUUCAUACCACCAAAUCCUUGUUGAGACCACAUCAAAAUGGAAACCAACAAAAUUGAGUGUGGUCUGGACGAGGAGGGGGAGGAGGGUGGUGUCAGAAGGACAGGCCUGGGAACCGACAAUGAAAGACCCGAUGGUCGGCUCUGCCAUCUGGGUCGUCCCAGAGAACCGGGAAGUAGCUGUGACCCUCUUCAAAGACCCGAGAACACACGAUCUUGAAGACAAGGAAUGGACUUUCAUAGUUGAGGAUGUCAGCAAUACAGGUAAAAGGAGGCAGAUUGCAACCUGUAAUAUAAACAUGAAGAAAUACGCCAGUAUAGAUUCGUCUCAACAUCACCUCAACUUGACAAUGAAGACUGUAAGCAAGAAAAUAAUAUCUGCCUCCCUCGAAUGCACUCUUUCUUGCGUGUUUCUCAGAGAGGGCAAAGCUACCGAUGAGGAUAUGCAGAGCAUGGCUAGUCUUAUGAGUACCAACAACAAUAGUGAUAUUGCAACUUUAGGAGAUUUCGAUGAAGAAGACGAUUUAACUGAAAUGUCCCAACAUCAUAGCAUAAGCGAGAUGCUUGAUUUGACCAAUCAACUUGAGAUGAUGACUAAUAGCCUUAGCGGUUCUGAAUUCGCCAGCACUCCUAUAAGUGUGGCAAGUCUUCGGGAAGAUCCUACUCCUCUCGCAGGCGAUGAAAAACCGUUUCCUGAUGACUCUAACAUUUUCAACAAUGAAACUGAAACUAGUCAAACCCCAACCUGUGAUAAAUAUAAGAACUCUUUUGAAAAAGAACAAGAUAAAAAUGUUAGACUCAAUUUACAACCUUUGAAUUUAAAAGAGGUAAAUAAACAUAGUGUAAAAGGUCAGGAAAGUACACCAGGUCAGGAUCUUCUGGAAUGGUGCAAAGAAAUGACAAGAGGGUAUCCGGGGGUUAAAGUAACAAAUUUAACCACCUCCUGGAGGAAUGGGCUUGCUUUCUGUGCCAUAAUUCACCACUUUCGCCCUGAUUUAAUUGAGUUUGACGCUUUGACUCAACACGACGUGAGGGGAAACUGUAAAAAGGCAUUUGACGCCGGUGAGGCUUUAGGUAUCUCCAGGGUCAUAGACCCAAGCGAUAUGGAUGUUUUAGCGGUACCGGACAAACUUGCAGUCAUGACUUACCUAUAUCAGCUUAGAGCACACUUUACAGGACAUGAACUAGAAGUACAGCAGAUAGGCAAGACAACAGAUGAAUCUUCUUAUAUGAUUGGACGAUUUAACACGGAUGUAGAUAGCGAUGUGACUGUUCAGUUAUUUGGACAAGAAAUUAUGAACAUGCGUUCCAAAACGACAAACAACCGAAGAAAUAGUGGUGGUAACGAUUCUGAAUCAGAAACCGAUUUCUCUGGAGGUGGUAAAAAGGUUAAUCGAGGCAAUUCAGCGCUGCGGCUUCUUAUUCCAGAUAGCAACAUAGAAAAUCAGGAAUUAAAAGAAAAGUCGCCCUCUUCGGUCAAGGAUGUCACCGACAAGAUACUGCUAAGCUCUAAAAACAUACUUGGAAAAGUCUUGUCGCCGACCAAAGAGAAAUUCCGCGAGAAGAGUAAAUCCCCAAUUAAUGUACCGAAUAAUGCAACAAACACUCAAAGGCCGGUAUUGAUGACAAGGAGGCAGUUAACUGAUCCAUUUGGGUCUGAUGAUGAGGAUGAAAGCCAAAGUAAUGAAAAGAAGCUUAAUAAAGGCGAUUCAUGGUCCCAGUCAUCUCAAGACAGUGCUUCUUUGAAUUUGGUCAAUACAGCCAAGAGUCGAGAGGGAUCAGAAACCAGGAUUGGUAAUCAGCCGCCGAACCAUCUUGCGCUUACAAACAAUGAGCAUCUAAGUCGACAACAGCAGAGGCUUCUGAUGAGACAUGGGGAGCUGAAAGAGAGGGCGAGACAACUGCUGGAACAAGCACGAAGGGAGGCUUCGAAAUCUCAACCAGUUUCGCCAACGCAGGGAGAAGAGGAGCGACAGGCACAACUGAGAGAACGAGCUCGUAAACUCAUUGCAGAAGCGAGGAUGGGUGUUGUUUCUCCACUUUCUCCGGGCCUUGAAAAAAGUCCAUCUAUAGACAGCGGACAGUUCAUCGAGGCGACUGACAAUCGCAAAUCUUCACCAAACCGGAUCCUUUCUCCUGCUUCGCCAACAAAGAAUUUGAUCGAGGCCAACGGGAACAGUAAAAGUAUGAGCAAUAGCCGGGAGAGCAGCCCGAACAAACAACUUAGCCAUUCUCCUCUUCACUCCUUUACUUCUCUCAUGGAGAGGAUUUCACCAGAUCAGCCCAAUAAAGGGGUUUCAAAAGAUAACAUAAAUUAUAUUCAAAAUGAAAUGGAGGCCCUGGAAAGGGAGCAGAAGCAAAUCGACAAACAAGCCGCUGUCUUGGAAAAAGAGCUGAGGACAAUUAUGGAAACUGGAAAUGACAAAGAGCUCGAAGAAAUGCUGAUGGUUAAAUGGUUUACACUUGUUAAUAAGAAAAAUGCACUUCUGAGGAGGCAGAUGCAGCUGAAUAUACUAGAAAAGGAAGACGAUCUUGAAAGGAGGUGUGAACUAUUGAAUCGAGAGUUAAGAAGCAUUUUAUCAAUGGAAGACUGGCAGAAGACUGAAGACCAGAAACUGAGAGAGAACCUCCUGCUUGCCGAGCUUGUAAAUAUUGUUAACAAACGUGAUGAGCUAGUGCAUCAUUUAGAUACUCAAGAGAGAGCGAUUGAAGACGAUGAUAAAAUUGAAAGGGACUUGUGCCGGACUGGCCUCACACAGCGCAAUAACAAUUGUGUUAUACAGUAAAACUGAUAAGGGGUUUUUGAUAAUUCGCUGCACUUUUUAACUGUUUAUAAAUAGACUCAAAAGUAUAAAAGGAAAUUCUCAUUUACAAUCGCAAAAUACCAUGUUAAAUUGUAUAUAUUUAUUUUAUAUUUUUUUAAUUAGCGUUACCAAUAAUUAUGCUUGUUUUCAUUAUGUUUUAAAUCAGCUGUAUAAAAGUCCUUUUUUAUUAUGUACGUAUUUAAACAUUUUCUUAGUGAUUUCUUUUAUAAUUUCUUUGUAAAUUAAUUUUUAUUUGCAUUUGCGCUUAGAAUGGAAAUUUUUGAGUUUUUGCAAUUACUCUUUAUUAGAUGAAUCGUAAAAAGAAUAAAAGGCAAAUUAAAUAUUAAUGUUUAAACAGAUCAAUUUUGGUGCUAUUUGAUUUACAAUUUGUUGUAUUAUAAUAAAAAUAAGAAAUAUCUAUAUAUAAGCGAUUACAUUAAUCUGAAAAAUGUUUCUUGUUUAACUGGGUUACAAGCAUGUGAAAUUUAAAUAAUUUUUGUUGUUCGUUUCACCCAGAAUCAUUUGAACAGAUCGACUGCUCAGUAGUACUUUUGUUCAGCUCUCCAGAAUAACGUUUGAUUUAAUUGUACAAAUGUGACAUUUUCUCUUGCACAGUCCAUUCUUUAAGCCUUGUUCAGGAAAUUCUGAAUUUUAAGGACGGGGGGGGGGUCAAUCCUUUUGGCGAUAUACAGGGUGUAUAGUCAGUGUUAAUAAAAAAGAAAGGUUUUUGAUUACUAAUUAGUUAGUUUUACAUUAUUGGUAGUCUUUUAUUUGAA